CAGUACCCAAAGAAAGUCGGGUGUCGAUUGUGUUCGGACUCGGCCAUCAAGGUAUCGUGAUCCAGUGGAUACCUUGCCCUAACCAGGAGAGAGAGAGAGAGCCCGCGCCUUUUCUGCUUCGGUUUCCCUCCUCCUCCUAGUGUGUGUCUCUGCAUCUGUCUGGGUGGGGAGAGAGGGGGAGAUGAAGGUCCUCCGUGGCCUACAGCGGCGGAGGAUUUCCGCCUUCUUUUCUUCUUCUUUCUCUUGUUCGGCUCCCUGUUCAAUGGGAGCCCAAUCUUUUGAGACCCUUCCUUCUGAAGAGAACAACCCGGGGCCAUCGAAGGAGCGUCCCUUCCCCGAACGCUUCCAUGGCGAAGAUCAGUUCCUGCAAUUGAUGGAGAACUCGGUCGUCGGGAAUCGGUGGCAUGAAAUGGCGGAGUUCUUGUCCGGUGUGACCCCUUCCCUGCUCAACCAGCUUCUUGUCCGGCUUCGAGACCGGCCGGGUGCGGUUCUAGGGUUCCUGGAGCAGUUGGAAUCGCAGGCAUGGUCACGGUUAAGGAUUCGUCUCGAUUUACGAUCUCUCUGUAUCGCUGUGCACGCCGUCUCCCGGCUGAAGAACUCCGAGCCUGCGCUCAAGCUCCUCCGGAGGGCGUUGAGCUCGUCAGGCCCGUCUGUUUUCGAAUCCCUAGAGGAGACAUUCGACGAGUCCGGGUCGAGCAAGAAGGUGUACGAUCUCCUUCUGAAGGCAUGUUGCCUGGCGGGGAAGGUCGACGAGGCGUUGGAAGUCUUCUACUUGAUGAAGGAACGCGGAAUCAUUCCCGGCAUCGACGCCUGCAACAACCUACUUAGCUUGCUCUCGAGGCAGAAGCGAACAGAGACGGCGUGGGUCGUGUAUGCGGAGAUGUUCCGCCUGAAGAUUACCUCCUCCAUUAUCACGUUCAAUGUGAUGAUCAAUGUCCUUUGCAAGGAAGGGAAAAUGAAAAAAGCGAGGCGGUUUCUGCUGCACAUGGCGGAUUAUGGAUUCAAGCCUACAGUUGUUACUUAUAAUACUAUCAUCCAUGGGUACUGCAGCAGAGGUAAGGUUGUACAAGCACUAGAGUUGUUUGAUUCCAUGAAAGAGAAGGGUGUCAGGCCUGAUUCUUUCACGUACAAUUCUCUCAUAAGUGGGCUGUCUAGAGUAGGACGACUGCAGGAGGCUGUUGAGUUCUUCCGGAAGAUGGUUGAUGGGGGUACAGUUCCCGGCGUUGUAGCGUACAAUACUCUGAUAGAUGGAUAUUGCAACAAAGGGGAUCUUAAGACGGCUUUAAACUAUAGGAACGAGAUGAACGAAAAAGGGAUAGAGCCCACCGUUUGCACAUAUAACCCGCUUAUACAUGAGUUGUUCAUGGAGGGAAAGAUAGACGACGCGAACGCUUUGCUUGAGGAAAUGAAGGAAAGGGGCAUUCCUCCUGAUUCUGUAACUUACAAUAUUUUGAUCAAUGGGUACUGCAAAGAAGGAAAUUCAGCCAAGGCUUUUGACCUCCACAGUGAGAUGCUCAGUAAGGAAAUUCAACCAACAGCCGUGACCUACACUUCACUUAUCUAUGCACUCUGCAAGCAGAGAAAGGUGAAUGAUGCAGAGCAUUUUUUUCAACAGGCUUUGCUUGGUGGGAUAUCUCCUGAUGUAGCGAUGAUCAAUGCCUUGAUUGACGGAUAUGCUGCAGAAGGAAACAUGGAGCGUGCAUUUGUUUUACUUAAGGACAUGGAAAGGAAGAAGUUGUCGCCGGACGAGGUAACUUAUAAUACCCUGAUGCGGGGCCUUUGCAGGUUAGGAAAGGUAGAUGAAGCUCGUACUGUUCUUGAUGAAAUGAGAAGCAAGGGCAUAACACCUGAUUAUAUUAGUUAUAACACUUUAAUAAGUGGAUAUAGUAAAAAAGGGGAGAUGGCCGAUGCUUUUGGAGUGCAUGAAGAGAUGCUGAGUAGAGGUUUUAAUCCAACUCUUCUGACUUACAAUGCCCUUAUUCAUGGGCUCUGCAAAACCAAGGAUGGGAAUAAGGCUGAAGAGCUUCUUAAAGAAAUGGUAAGCAAAGGAAUCACUCCUGAUGAUAACACAUACUUAUCUAUGAUGGAGGGCCUAUCCAGUGUCAAGGAUCUGGAAAAGAAUGAAAACCUAUAAGUUCUUUCUGGUGGAUGGGAAACUAUAACGUUUCUUCUGGUUAUAUCUUACAGCAAUUUGGAAUGAAUACUGAAAAGGGUGUCCCUUUAUUCUGAUCAUACCUUAAAACUUUCCCGUGGUGUCGGUGGUUAAAGCUUGAGCGUUUAUGUUCAAUUGCAGUUUCUAAAUUCAGUUCAGAUUCAAAGGAUAUCCAUCUAAUAAAGGUCAGAUGCUAUUUCCUAAGCCUUUUAAGAAUAAUAACCUAGAAAUUGUUAGGAUAACUAAAAUAAAACAAGAAUAACAUUAUGAUGUUGGCAUGCAGUUUCUUCCUUUUCCUUGGACUUUGUUGGACAAGUUGAGUGCGUUGGCAGACAAACCUGAGAUGCCUCAGUCAUGGUACUGAAACACCAUCUAGCUGCAUGUUGGAGUUUGAAACCCUUGGGUGAUGAUGGAAGAACAUGGUGUUGAAAUUGUUUGAUAUUUUCAUGAUUCUAAAUGCUGGAAAAUUCAAGCCAUUGGCAUCUCUAGCUGGUACUUGAUGGUAUAAAUUUGUUGAAGUCUGUAUUUGUCCUCUUCCCUGGCUCGUUCUUGCUGGCGCCAUAGUUGCCUUUGGUUACGUUGUAUAUGCUGGAACCUUCCAUGCUUGGUAACUAUUCUGGGUAUAACAUUAUUACAAAGCCAGUAAAUUUGGUAUAUCUUUGAGCUUCCGGCUCCAAGGCUGUUGAUGUUACUAGAGUUUGCUGCCUCUGCCCGGUUCUUUUGUAAUGAGCAGCUGCUAAGAAUGCAUGCAGCUUCCACCCAACUGGCCAGCUGUAUGUUUGAGCGGUUUCUCCUUCAGAAACAUGAUGUGAGCUGGAUCUUCUGUUCACGUUGGCAACUGUUGACUACACUAGUACUUCUUUGGAGGACUUCAAAUGUUGAUCUGCAUGCAAUGAAGAUGUAUGACCUUUAUUGUUAACGGAGUGGCCAUCCAAUUUGCAACAGUUAAGAAACAAAUGGCUGGGUCUAUUUUUGCACGUGGUGGUUUUAAAUCCUUCUGAUGUUCCAAAGUUUGAGGAUGCCAUUGUUGAGCAACACUAAUUUCAGCUGGGUGAUGUGCUCACAUUUAUGUUCUGCUCCUUCUUCUUGGUUUCGGUUGCAUUCUCAUGGUGGAGAAGAGCCAGAUUGAAUUCAAUGUGACACUAAGAGGCUAUUUGGCAAUAGUAACACAUUGUUACUGUCCCACAAAUGUGUAUCAAAAAAUAUGACAAAUUCAUGAAACACUGUAACAACUGUUCUAUAAUCCGCUCCAUUUUUUUUGGAGUAUAUUAAUGGGACAAUAACACAGUGUGUUGCUGUCGUCAACGACCCCUAAAAGAUUUACAAGUUGCUUUCUUGUGACAUAUAUAACCAUCAUCGUUUACAACAGGAGGAGCAAACAUGCUCACCAUUGUAACGAGGUCAGGAGUGUUUGACAUUGUCAAAGUCUUUCUCCAGCCAAGAGAUUUAAGAUGGAUUUCAUCUUAGAACACAUUUUGUUGAUUUCCUUAUUUAUGUAAGAAUGCGGUCACUUCUGUUGCAGAA